AUGUGCCCGUGCUCGGUGGAGAAAAGCCUCUUUUAUGCUCUCAGCCUGAUGAGCCAAAGAGGAACAGCUGAGCGGGCAGCUGCUCGCAGAGAUGAUCAGCUGAUGAAAGGCAGGUGUGCAGAGGAAUCUGCCUCCUAUAUCUAUAAUCUCCUUAAUGCAGACUUUACAGAGGCCUUUUAGAAAAAUUGCCUUUGCGUCCGCUUCUUGUUUUGCCAUAUGUGACGUCCCGCCGUGCAGAGCUAUGUGAGGUUUAAGAGAUUGAAGACGACAGGAAUCAUGUGUUUUAGCUGCACCAGUGAAUGUAGGAUGACCGUACGUCCUCUUUUACCAGGACAUGUCCUCUUUUUUGGGGGGCUGUCCGGCCUUGCCCGGGGGACUUUUUUGGAGUUUUAGUCUGUUUGUCAACAGGUAGAGGUGCUCAAAACUUCUUUGCAGAAAGUUGACGUCAGUUGUGGAGUUGCUGCCCCCAUGUGGCCAGGAAUAGAAAACGAUGUAGGUAAAGGAAGCAUUAUACACUCGGGUGACCAUACGUUCUUUUUUACCCGGACAUGUCCUCUUUUUUGGGGGACUGUCUGCCCUUGUCCAGGGGAGUUUAUAGAAACCUUCAAAUGUCCGCGGUUUAGUACGGAAGUUAAGAGUUUCUGUCACCUGGACUAACUGAGUUGGAAGCGUGUAAAAAGCACUCACCCUGACCAAAAACAUUUUAAACAAAACUACAUUUACUACGCGUGACUCCAUGACUCUGCCCCCGCUUAGUCAUGUCCUUGUUUUAGGGAUUGUGGCCCCUUUUAUACAUACCCAGUUAUUAUUAAAAACGCAGACAUUAACCAUCGUUUGCACCCUUCGUUUAGACGCAAACGUAGAAUUUCCCCCCUGAAAACGAUGCUUUUGAAGAACUCCAGCGAGAGAGGAGAUUUUGGAAAACUCUGAAAACUCUGUAAACGGAGAAAAACUGAGAAGAAGGAAGUGACGUUGUUGUCAUUGCUGCUAUGUGGGAUUCUGAUUGGCUUACAUGGGCUUGAGCUUCCCGCUACACUGCCACCUACAGGUUUGGCAUGCUCUUGACGGCAUAUAUACACGGAUAGUGGUGAGCACGCAGGCUUUCUUGAGAGUUAAAUGUCUGUUAAUGAAAAUAGGCGGGCACGUGUAAACAUCGUCUCAGAAUGUCCUACUUGAAGACUCUUGAAAUCCACAAUGUGCAGUUUUUGUGCGACUGCGUGGUUUUUUCUUGAACAACCGGUUUUGUUAAACGGUUAUCUUCAGGUAUGAGAGUCCAGCUCAGUCUGAGUAGUAAGGCUAUUAGCUUUAGCAUCAUCACAUCUUUGGCCGUUCUUCCUCACAUACAGCACACACCCACCCCUCAGAUUUGAUGCGUCAUUAACUUCACCAAAUAUGCUUUGGCAGAGACUUAAUUACCGCCUGGAUUAUCCUCAUUAGUAACAAUAUUUCAGCCGAGAGAGUUUUAAUUUUCUCCGUCGAUGUCACUUUGUGUCAGCCGGAGCUUUAUUUACUUCUGCAGAUUAGUUCCAUAUGAGAUUUCAGGCUUAAGAUGCAAGAAAUAGAAGAAAAUUAUGAAGAUUUUCUUUAUUUAAAGUUUUAGUUUCCUUCAUUUCAGACUCAUAGAGCAACAGUUUUGAUUCACUGACAGUAAGAUGACGAUGAUGCACCUGCAGGUUGGGUCAUUUUGCAGCAGGACUCUUCUCCUACAGAGCCAGAACUGUCAGGAUGUGGUUUGGGAUCAUCUGAAGGUCUUCCCUGAAAAACGUCACAGUCUGGAUGACAGCAGAUGUUGCUCCUAAACCAGGAGAGAUUGGUCAGGAUUCAUUUUUGACUUCUUGUCCAGCCCAGAUAGUUUCCUCACCGACAAUUUUUGACGAGAUUUUAGGCCCAUGCGGUUGUUUCCACCACAGAGCCAUGUUUGUUUUUUAAUGCAUUGACCUUUAAGAUUACAGCUCUCUCUUAUUGGUUCACUGGUUUGUUUCUUCUGUUCUGAAAUUUCUGAUAAAAUCUUAAUCUCCGCAGUUUCAGGCAGAUUAUUCUGAUAUUCUUGGAUUAUUUACUCACGCAGUCUCUCACAGGAAGUGGAACCUCUUUCAGGUUUUGCCUCUGAGACACUCAGCCUCCCUGGUUUUCCUUUUUUUAUACCCUGUCGUAUCAAAUGUCAUGUCUCGUGCCUCCAGGCCACCGUAGACUCCCCAGUUCCCAUACACACCAGUGUAAACAAACAUGGCGUUUGCAAAAGACGGCGAUAAUUUCGUGGUUAAAUAGGACAAGAGCGAGUCAGUCGUGUGGAAUUGGUACGACUUCACAGUUUCAGAUGAAGAGCAAACCACUCCCUGCUGUAAAGUCUAUCUGAGGGCGAGAUCAACCCGUCCACAAGGAAACUAAUUCAGGAGUAAAUGCAAAAGUUUUUGUCCUAACGGUGAUUCAUUCACACGGAAAUGACGACCAUUUCAUCUCUGUGUGGAUGUCUAUCUGCAUCUCUGGAAACGAUCAUGUGACACACAGCCUAACUCUUUUAUGGCACCAAAACAACCUUUAUACACAUGAUCCGUACUCUUCUUCUGUCUUUUGUGCAUUUCCUCUGCAGCGUUACAGCGCCACUUACUGGCUUGGCAUAUGCACUCCAUCGUUUUCAGUGGUUUUGAGACUAAAUCGAAAAUUUUGUUUUUACAGAAAAAAAAAAUCAGGAUUAUAUUUUUGGCCAAAUCGUGCAGCCCUGAGUGAUUUAUCAUCCCUUUUUUAACUUCUGUUAAAUCAUUUGAGAUGUUAACUUUGUACUUAAUGAUCUAAAAACCAUCUCAAUCUGUUUUUAUCAACACUGAACUCAGCGUCCCGACCUCUCUGGAGUUGUUGUUGUUUCCACUCUGAACAAAUCUGCUUCUCCUUUAAGUUGCACCGUUUGCAUCAAACAGACAUUCCUGCGCUGGAACUGAAUAAUAGUUACAAGCCGCCUGUGUUUGCUGCUCUCACAUCAUCAUCAUCAAACAUGUGUAGCUCCUUGUAUCGUACAGUUGCAGGUGUCUCUCUCACUAAUGGUCAUAUUGUGCUCAGAGCCUGUGAGACGCUGAUAGUCUCAUACUGCAGUUUUGUGUUGUUGAAAAUGAACCUCAUCCUGCUGCGUUUCAAACUCAAAUGUUUUUGUCUGACUCAGUAAAUUUCUUUUUCCACAUUUUAGUGUUUUUACAGCUGGGAAUACAUUUAAAAAAAAAAAACAAGACAAAGAAAACCAGCCGGUCAACAUUUGGUGACGAUUUUUCUGUUUAAUUCAGCGUUGAUAAAUAAAACGCUCGUCUUUUGUAGAUUUUACAGCCUAUUAACGGAGUUUUUCUGCUUCUGUGGUCCCAGAUGUGGAUCUGAAGGUGACCGGGUCGUCUCCGGUCAGAUAAAGAGGGUUCAGCAGGUGGAGGAUGUUUGUAGAUACGGGAGCGAAGACGUCAGGGAGAAGGUUCCAGAUGUGAUAAUUGUUCACAGAGGAGAGCGAGACGAGGAAACCGAGAAGGAAGUGAGGAGAGUGAGGAGGAGGAGAGGAAGCAUUAAAGCGAACAGUCGGGGGUCGGGGUAG